CCUUUACGUCACUCGCAUGCGGGUUGCUCCCCGCGAACCAAGAUGGCGGCGGCUCACCAAAACUUAGUCCUGGCUACGGACCCGAGUGUCGCAAAAACGGGACCUGCAGGUUGUUAACCGAGGUUUGAAGUGUUUAAUAAGUGUUUAUAAACGUUCGCGGUCCACUCCCUCCACCCCGGCUCCCGCCGUCCCUCCUCGGUCCCGCACCCUUACUGUCUGCCGAUGCGGAAAAGAAAACAGCGUCUCUGCCCCAUUGUUAUCAUCGUCACUACGCAUGCCCCAGACCCUGGAACAGUACUGCGCCUGCGCACCGCUCCCCCGUGACCUGGAUGGGGGACCUUCAGCACCGCGAGGGAUGGGUGUUAGAAGGAGAGGAUUUGCAGCCGGGAAACCUGAACCAUACAUCACAUUUGUGCCUGACAUAGCCACCAAUUUAUCGUAACUUGAGCAACGUUGGAUCUUGAGCAUGGAAGGGGAAAACACUGUUCACAGCGGGGAGAAACUGUUCACCUGCUCUGUGUGCGGGCAAGACUUCAGCCGAUCGUCUGCCCUAUCGCGACACAAGCUCUGCCAUACCGGCGAGAAACCGUGGAAAUGUGGGGACUGCGGGAAAGGAUUCAAUUAUCCGGUUGAACUGGAAUCUCAUCGGCGCAGUCACACCGGGGAGAAACCAUUCACCUGUUCUGAGUGCGGGAAGGGAUUCACCCUGUCGUGCAACUUGUUGGCUCACCAGCGGGUUCACUCUGAUGAGAGACCUUUCAAAUGCCCGGACUGUGGCAAGUGCUUCAAAAGUGCCGGGGAGCUGAUGCGCCAUGAACGCAUUCACACUGACGAGAGGCCGUUCCGAUGCUCUGACUGCGGGACCGGGUUCAAGCAGUUAUCUGACCUCACCGUCCACCAGCGGGUUCACACCGGGGAGAAGCCCUUCACCUGCCCUGACUGUGGGAAAGGAUUCACCCAGCUGGCGAACUUGCUGACCCACCAGCGCAUCCACACCGGGGAGAGGCCGUUCACCUGCUCGGUGUGCGGGAAGGGGUUCACCACCUUAUCCAACCAGCUGGAACACCAGCGAGUUCACACCGGGGAGAGGCCAUUCACCUGCUCCGUGUGUAAGAAGGGAUUCGCUCACUCAUCCACCCUGCUGAGACACCAGCGGGUUCACAAGUAAACCAGUGUGAUCGGAUUAAUCACAUCCAGGACUGGAAACAUUAUCACCGCGGUUUGUUUCUGCUGAUGUUAAUUCCUAAAACUGAGCUGGAGUUUAAUAAUAUUCUGGAUAAAAGUCAAAAUAAAUCAUUUCAAACAUUUUAAA